UGACAAUUGAAUUGUCGUUGAAAUUUUUUAUUGCAAAUGGUAGUGUGUCAUGUUGUAUUAUUUCAGAAGUAAUUGAUUAUUGUCUGAAGAAAUAAAUAGUUACGACUUGAAAGACAUCCACUGGUAUUUACAAUAUGAGCAAUAAAGAAAAAUUACCGAAAUUAGUAGACGUGUAUCGCCCGUCUCCUAAAAAUCCACUAUGUAAGAGGCAGUUGCCCCUUGUUGUGGAUGAAAAUUUAACGUUGGUUAUGGAUUUAAAAGGCUCCGGUAUUGUGUGUGAUAAUCCACUCGUGAGAGGAAGAGAGCUUGAAGAUUUCACAAAAAAAUGGAGUAAAUUAACGGAGCAAGAAUUAAGGUCAUCUAUUCAAAUAUCAAAGAAUCAACUGUUAGCAGUUUUGAAUCAAAAUGUUCCUUGCGUUGGAUGUAGAAGAAGUGUUGAAAGGUUGUAUUUUCAACUUCUCAAAUUCAAACAUCCCACUCUAGACCCACUAACUGUUAGUGAAGAAGGAGUCAUAACAAUUCAAGGGGAUAAAUGUUCAAAGCCGCAAAUAUUGUGUUCUAUAUUUCAUGAUCAUGCAUUAAGAUUAGCUAAAUUGAUUGAAAAUCAGCCAAAGAGAAACAAGAAAAGUCUGAGGUGUCGCCUGCAUUCACUUGAUUCUCAAAGGAGCCGGCCUCUAACUCCAGUAUGGCGUGAUGUGUGGGAUUGUAUGAAACCUGACUGUAAAAAAGAAGUCUGCAUCAUAGAAGCACCAACACUGCAUGCAACACUAGAGACAUACCUGAGGAAACAUAGAUUUUGUGGAGAAUGUAGAACUAAAGUGUUGAAGGCAUAUUCGUUGUUGGUAGAGGAACCAGAGCCCUGCAAAGAGAAAGGAUAUGUUUCUUCACUUUAUGCAGGUAUAAAGAGGUGUCUCCCUGACAAGCACAUCCACUUGCAAACGAAGACUGAUUACAUAACAAAGUUGAUAAGUAGGGCCGAACCUGAACUUCUUGGAAGCCGUCGCGAAAGACAUGCUAAAACUUUGGAGAUAGCCCAAGAAGAAGUCCUUACUUGUUUAGGAAUAUGCAUGUAUGAACGUCUUCACCGUAUUUAUAUGCGGAUAAGAGAAGAGGAAUGUACCUGUCAGGUUUUCGCAGCUGUUGCAGUCGAUACAUUGAGCCGCAGUUUCGAGACUGCAGUCGAACUCAAACAGGGUGUUUCACAGUUGGAACUCCUGUACGAGGAAUUGGAAAAGGAGGAACAAUUGAAGCAGAUCCGUAAAGAACAAAAAAAGAUCAAGCGUAAACGUAAAAAGGGAAAGUGUACAGAAGUUGAAAAUAAAGAGAUUUGUAAUGACUGUGACGAAGAAGAGGAAGAGGAUGAUAAGGAUGAAAUGGAGAAAGUAUGUGAUUGCUCGGAAAAUGAGAAUGAGUCGUUUAAAUGUGAAUGUGAUCAAUCAGAAAAUAACCGACAGGAUGACAACUAUGAGUGUUCUAACCUUUGUAAUAAGUUGAAUGAUUUACAAUGCACCGAUAAUGUGAAUGAUUGUAAAUGUUCCUCGCCAGGUGAAAAAUCUGAUAGUCAAGUUCCCUUUCAUUGUGAUAAUUGCAAUGUACCAAAUGGUGGCGGAGGAGUUGAAUUCAACAAAAAAGAAAGUGGUUCUUCCAGCGAUCAUUCCCAUGACUGCGGCUAUUCAUCAGAGAAUAAUAACGGCUGCUGUGAAACUGGUUCUCUUGUGUCCAGUAUAUCUAGUUCCCCUGAAGGCUCAGAAGUGGCGUGUUCAGACUCUUGCUGCCAUCACGAAACCAGCUAUGUUUCACAUUAUAAACUCACAUAUGGUGGAAAUGGAUACUACCAUCCUAGUUUACAGGAAAUGUUAGAUGAUAAUAGUGAUGAAGACGAUGACAAUUGUUUUAUACCUACAGAGGAUCUAAACGAGUUCAAUAAAAACAGAGAAGUAAUUGAAGAACAACGCAUGGAGUUACGAGAAAAGUUAAAAGAUAAAUUUGCGCAUUAUUGUUAUUAUGGUCCAACACCACCUCCUCGUUUAUAUUAGUUCGAUCCGAGUAUGCUGCAAAUCUAAUUUUCAAUUACCAGUAAUUAAUUUUUUUGUUUUGGACCAAAUUUUUUUAAUGCAAUUUCAUUUCCAGAAAAAGGUACAAUUUUCAGUGUUGUACGACAAAAAUUUUUUCAAAUAUCAAAUUUUUUUAAAGAUGUAAAACUUCAUCAGUCAAGAGAUAAAUGUAUACCUUUUUAUUUUACUAACAUAUUUGUUGCAUUCCAUGGGUUAAAUGUUGAAAAUAGAGUUGUUUUUUAUAGAACUGAUGCACUAUAUGGCAUCGUUCUUCAUUCUAUGUAAGAAAUAAAGUAAAUAAAUAUUUA